AAAGCAUUGAAGAUUAGUGUUCUCUCUCUCUCUAAAGCUUCUUCACAUUGUCGGUGUUGGUUAUUUUGCAGCUCUCUCUCUCUUCAGCAACCUUGAAAGGCACUUGUUGGUUCAAGAUGCAAGAGCACAAGUUUUUGUGGUGGUGAAGAUUUUAUGUUGUAUUAUGUAGUUGUUGUUAAUGGUAAUAUCGUUGUGAGCCAAGUGUGUAUGAGGAGAGGACCCUGGUGGGACUGUGGCCUUGUUAUUAGAAGCAGGGGACGGUGGGGCAAAUGCGGUUGAUUUGAAUUCGUCUUGUUUCUUAUUUUUCUCAAAUUAAAUUAUGCAGCAAGAUCAACGCAAGAAGAAUUCUUCGGAGAUGGAGUUUUUCUCUGAGUAUGGUGACGCUAGUAGGUACAAAAUUCAGGAAGUUAUUGGGAAGGGAAGUUAUGGUGUUGUUUGUUCAGCCAUUGACACUCAUACUGGUGAAAAAGUGGCAAUUAAAAAAAUACAUAACAUUUUUGAACACAUUUCUGAUGCUGCUCGUAUUCUUCGGGAGAUAAAGUUGCUCAGACUUUUACGUCAUCCUGAUAUUGUGGAAAUAAAGCAUGUUAUGCUGCCACCUUCUAGAAGGGAUUUUCAAGAUAUUUAUGUUGUUUUUGAGCUCAUGGAAUCGGAUCUCCAUCAAGUCAUUAAAGCCAAUGAUGAUUUGACACGAGAACACUAUCAGUUUUUCCUUUACCAGCUCCUUCGUGCAUUGAAGUAUAUUCAUACAGCAAAUGUCUACCAUCGAGAUUUAAAACCAAAGAAUAUAUUGGCCAAUGCAAAUUGUAAAUUGAAAAUCUGUGAUUUUGGGUUAGCGAGAGUUGCAUUUAAUGACACGCCUACAACAAUUUUCUGGACGGAUUAUGUUGCUACAAGAUGGUAUAGGGCUCCUGAGCUCUGUGGAUCUUUUUUUUCUAAGUACACACCAGCUAUUGAUAUAUGGAGCAUCGGUUGCAUAUUUGCAGAGGUGUUAACUGGGAAGCCCCUUUUCCCUGGAAAAAAUGUUGUUCAUCAAUUGGAUUUAAUGACAGAUCUUCUUGGCACACCCUCAUUAGAUACUAUAUCCCGGGUUAGAAACGACAAGGCAAGGAGAUACUUAACUAGCAUGAGGAGAAAGCAGCCAGUGCAAUUUGCACAUAAAUUUCCAAAUGCAGAUCCUUUAGCUCUGCGACUGUUGGAAAGGUUGCUUGCCUUUGAUCCAAAAGACCGGCCAACUGCUGAAGAGGCACUGGCAGAUCCUUAUUUCAAAGGACUGGCAAGAGUUGAGAGGGAGCCUUCUUGCCAGCCAAUUUCAAAGAUGGAGUUUGAGUUUGAGAGGCGCAGAGUCACAAAAGAAGAUAUCCGAGAGCUAAUUUUCCGGGAGAUAUUAGAAUACCAUCCUCAGUUACUCAAGGACUGCAUGAAUGGAACUGAGAGGACAAACUUCCUUUACCCAAGUGCUAUUGAUCAAUUUAGAAAGCAGUUUGCUCAUCUUGAGGAAAAUGGUGGUAAGAGUUGGCCAGUAAUUCCACCUGAAAGAAAGCAUGUAUCUCUUCCUAGGUCCACAAUUGUACAUAAUCAAAUUCCUGUAAAUCCCAUAGAGCAACCAAGCAUUGCUUCCAGAGAUCGGCAGGUGAGUGCAGAAGAAACAUACAACAAGAAUUCCUGGGAAUCAGAAAGAAUUCCUGUAAAUAUUUCUAGGACCUUGCCGGCACCGCAAAGAUUUCCAUCAGCCAAACCAGGGAAAAUUGAGGGGCCAGUUGUACCAUAUGAGAAUACAAGUGUGAUGAAAGAUGCUAAUGAUCGAACAACCUUUAUUAGAGGUGCAGCCCUUUCCCAGGUGGUCCCUACUGCUCAUUGUUACAGCAAUUCUAGCACAGGAAAACAAGAAAAAUCAACUGUGAUGGAUUCUAAGGGGGAAUUGUCCUCGCAGGUAAAACAAGAAUCUCAAUGUGGCAAAGCAGCCAAACUUACAGCAGACAUAGCAAUCAACAUUGACUCUAAUCCAUUUUUUAUGACACGAGCUGGAGUGAAUAAGGUGGGCUGUUGUAAUGACCAAGUUUCCAUCGACACAAAUCUGUUGCAAGCAAAAGCUCAGUUUGGUGGAAUUGGCACUGCAGCAACAGCCGCAGCCGGUGCCACUACUCAUAGAAAGGUGGGAACGGUUCAGUAUGGUAUGUCAAGGAUGUAUUAGAGAAGGGAUUAGAGACAGUGGUGUAAUAGUUUGGCUGAGUGCGGGAAUGUCUAUUAGUGGGAUGUUCGAAGUGUAAAACAAGUCCGAGGGCCAGGGCUGUCCUCUCCUUGACAUCGCCAGCUUCCGCAGGUUGAGUUAGGUACUAGUUAAAAUUUGGAUUUGGGAAAGACUAUACGUUAAUGAAACCAUAAAUUCAAUCCAGGAAAUAAAUAUUACUCACAAAACUAAAA